UAAUACCCCCCCUAAAUCUCGUGCACUUCACACGUGUGACACGUUCCGGUCUCACGUCCGUACUCUUCGCUUUCCCUCGCUAAUACACACGCCUCGUUCGUGCCAAACCCUAACCUCACACACUCGCACAGAGACACGCUCGCCUUCCGCCCCGCACACGCGCGAAACCCUAGCCCUCGCAUGCUCGCACGCUUUCUCACUCAACUCUCUCUCUCUCUCUCACCGGCCGGACUUGACCGUUGUGCUCGCCGGAUAAUCCCACGCCUCUAGCGCUCCCUCGUUUUUUGAUCUCUCCGAACUCCGGCUUCUGUGUUUGAAACCACGCCGGACGCCGGUCGCCGGAAUUCGACCUUCUCGGCCGUGAAUUCUGCGUAAGUUUUGGUUUUGGAGUUAAGAACGCGGAUCUGGUUGAGGGUGCUCUAUUUGAGCUUUGAUUGAUGACUAAAAGGUUGAAAUUCUUGGAGAAAAAUAGAGAAUUAACGGCUUGUCGAGUCGCUGGAACUUGAUUAUCCGUGUUCACGCUGACAUGAGAAGGAGAUCGAAUUUUCUUUUCCUUUUACAUUUUUUUUGGCUUUUUGGUAUUGUACAGUUAUAGAGUUGAGCUGAAACUCCGUUUAGUAUGGGAUAAAUUGAUGGAAAAGUGAACGAUAAGCUCAACUUUGUGAAGUCACUCAUUUAAUCUGGGUUAUUUAUUUAUUUAUUGUUUUUUUUAUCACAUAAAUUAUAACCGUGAAAGAUAUCGUCAUUUUAGUUUUUAUUAGGAUCAAUAUGAUUUGGCCUUCAGGGACGACUCGGAUGCUGAAACCUGUCUUUUGAGAGGCUAGGAGCUGCCAUGGGGACAAAAGUGUUUCAUUUUCUCUUUUGAGAUGUGAUUAAUCUGAAGUUCCCAGUUGCUGCCAGAAAACUAUAGAAUCUGCCUGGCACAAAGUUAUUCCAACUAUGUUGCUGCAGUGUUUGAACAUUUCUAGUCAUCUCAUUGCAAAUGUUAAAAGUUGAGUUGCAAUGGAGGCUUUGCAGCAGAAGUAUUAAAAAUAUACUUGCUAAUGAGCUGAAAUUGGAGGGGAGAUAAUGGCGACUGACAUGCAGAAAUUGAUUGGUACGAGUGAAGAAGAUGAUGAUGAGGAGAUGGAUAUGGAUGUGAAAGAAGAGGACGAUGAUGAAGAAAAUGGAGACAAGCAUGCUGCACCAGUGAUGGUAGGGGUUGGAGGGAUGGUGACUGGUAGUAGUAAUAACCAGUUUCAACACCACAACCAGCAAACUCAAGACCAAGUGGGCACCCCAGGUGGAGGCACUCGGAGGUGUAGGCCACUGGAAGAGAAAGAGAGAACCAAGCUAAGAGAGAGGCAUAGGAGAGCGAUUACUGCAAGGAUCUUGGCUGGGCUACGGAGGCAUGGCAACUAUAAUCUUAGAGUCAGGGCUGAUAUCAAUGAUGUAAUUGCAGCUUUGGCAAGGGAAGCUGGAUGGGUUGUUCUUCCGGAUGGAACCACCUUUCCUUCAAGAUCUCAGGGCUCAAGGCCUGUCGGUGGUGGUGCUGCUGUGGUGACUUCAUCCCCUUCCCAAAUGGUGUCACAACACUCUCCAUCUGCUUCUGUUAGAGGAGUCGCUUCUGGUUACCAGUCCUCGGUAGAGUACAACGCAGGUCGUAUGAAAGGUGUUUAUAUUCCAAGCUCAUCACCUUAUGAUCUAUCUUCCAGUGCUCGAUCUCAUACUUCAUCCCUGGUGGGAGAUGUGGGAGAACCAAUUGAAAAUCAUCCUCUUAUUGGUGGCUCCAUUAACAGCAUUGAUGACAAGCAGAUUGUUGACCUACCCUCGAAGUUACUUGAACGUAAUUUUGCUGGAACCACUCACGUUCCUGUUUAUGUGAUGCUACCACUGGGUGUCAUUAAUAUGAAGUGUGAGCUGGUUGAUCCAGAUGAUCUCCUAAAGGAGCUAAGGGUGUUGAAAUCGAUUAAUAUUGAUGGUGUUGUGGUUGAUUGCUGGUGGGGCAUAGUAGAGGCACAUUCUCCUCGGGAGUAUAACUGGAGUGGUUACAAGAGACUCUUUCAGAUGGUGCGUGAGCUUAAGCUUAAGUUACAGGUCGUGAUGUCAUUUCAUGAAUGUGGGGGCAAUGUUGGUGAUGAUGUUUGUAUUCCAUUGCCACAUUGGGUGGCAGAAAUUGGUCGAAGCAAUCCCGACAUAUUUUUCACUGAUAAAGAGGGAAGACGCAAUCCUGAAUGUCUCUCAUGGGGAAUAGACAAGGAACGGGUUUUAAGGGGUCGAACUGCAAUUGAGGUUUACUUUGAUUACAUGAGAAGCUUCCGGGUAGAAUUCAAUGAGUUCUUUGAGGAUGGCAUCAUUUCCAUAAUUGAAGUUGGACUUGGACCAUGUGGGGAGCUACGUUACCCAUCUUUUCCUGUAAAGCAUGGUUGGAGAUAUCCUGGUAUUGGUGAAUUCCAGUGCUAUGAUAGGUACAUGUUAAGAAGCCUGAAGAGGGCAGCAGAAGCUAGGGGACACUCGUUAUGGGCAAGAGGACCAGAUAAUGCUGGUUCCUAUAAUUCCAGGCCUCAUGAAACUGGUUUCUUUUGUGAUGGAGGUGAUUAUGAUGGCUACUACGGAAGGUUCUUCCUCAAAUGGUAUUCUCAGGUUUUGGUUGAUCAUGGUGAUCGUGUACUUCACCUGGCAAAGUUAGCUUUUGAGGGGACCUGUAUUGCUGCAAAGCUACCGAGCAUUCACUGGUGGUACAAGACAUCCAGUCAUGCUGCUGAAUUAACUGCUGGGUUCUAUAAUUCUUGCAAUCGUGAUGGUUAUGCUGCAAUUGCAGCUAUGCUCAAGAAACGUGGAGCUGCUUUAAACUUCACAUUUCCUUUAGUACAAAUGUUAGACCGUCAUGAGGACCUCUUGGAGGCAUUGGCUGAUCCUGAAGGCUUAGUUUGGCAAGUGCUGAAUGCUGCCUGGGAUGUUUGCAUACCAGUUGCAAGUGAGAAUGCACUUCCUUGUCUUGACAGAGUUGGUUAUAACAAGAUAUUAGAUUACGGGAAGCCUACGAAUGAUCUAGAUGGGAGGCAUUUUUUGUCCUUUACCUACCUUAGACUUAGUCCACUUCUUAUGGAACAACAAAACUUCGUGGAAUUUGAAGGGUUUGUCAAGAGAAUGCACGGGGAGACAGUUCAUGAUCUCCAGGCAUAGUGGGAUGGAAGAAGCAGCCUCUCCAGAACGUGUAUUAUUUAUCUCCCCCACAAAAACUUUGGGGUUACUGUAUUGCAGAUUAGGAGAAUAUUAUUCGUAGUUGCUAUUAUCUAUAACAGGUAAUUGACAACUAGGCUGGGCUAAUUUUUUAGUCAAACAAAACAGAGCACAGCCAAGAUGUAAAAGUAAACUAUACUGUUCUUUUUUUUUUUCUUUUUUGGCCAAGAUUUAAAAGUAAUCUAUACCUAGAUGUAACACAAUCCCUUGUGAAUGCAUCAUGCAGAAUCUUCAUUAGAUCAUUGAGUUGUGCUAUCUAACAUAGCUUAUGUUUGUUAACCUGAGUAUAUAUUCAAUA